ACGGCCUUUAGGGCAAAUUUUUUGUACACUGUUCUAUCUAGAUAUAAAAUGAAUAUGAAAUCUCGUCGACUAGAUUCCCCACGAAACCCUCCAUCACACCCAAUGUCGGCUGAUGGGAAUGUCACAGGAAUAGGAGAGGAUAAACAAAAGGAAAGAGGAAAAAGCAGGAUCCCACAAAUGACUUUCACAGAACCGACCUAUCAUCGCAGUUCUCCGAAAAAAAAUGCAGAUAGGCAAAAGUAUGAGACGGGGCGGCCGCGAUCUGCCACGACCCGGCUGCCGCCGACGCACCCGACGUUGCUGAUGCAGGACAUGCGCCAGAACAGGAUAGUCAAAGACAAACCUGCUCUUAAGCGGCCACCGAAUAUUUCGAAAACGUCGGCACCGUUCCAUCCUCCAACACCGGUGAUCAACGUACCCAUGUCACUAUCGCCGGAAAGUCGAGUUUCAGAUGAUGAGGCCAUGUUCUCUUCGGAGGAUAGGAAGAGAAUGCAGUUAAAGUUGCGCUGGCAAGAAAAUAUUGCAAAGUUCGAAACUGUAAAGCGACAGUUGCAUGAAAAACAGCGCGAUUUACUGCAAUUAUACGCAACAUUACGUGCAAGUCACAGGGAGUUGUUGAGUAUGGGCCAAACGAUGUGCUUACCGCCGUCAGAGGAUUUGUCGAUCAUGAAUGUUUCCAAACUGGCUCCUGGACAACUGCUGCAACUGUGUGCUGGGGCAGAGAUCAAUGAAUUACGGAUGACUAAUAAUGUUCCUUUUGAUAUGCAUAAAUUACGUGAGAUACCAAACAAAAUCGUUGCUUCGUGCGAAGUAACUCUUAACAGUAGGAAGGAUAUAAUCGAUUGGUUCGAGGACAUCAUUGCUAAAAAAAUGAUUACGAAAAAUGUUCUCAUUAAAAAAAUCAAAGACUUUAAAGCUGAGAAUGAAGAAUUUAAAAAAUCACUGGAUAAACAUAAAGAGGAUUAUUUGCGGUUUAUAAACGAGUCUGAGAAGUAUUUCAAACAUGGUGCGAAUGCCACAAUAAGCAAUGAACUGUGUUUUCAAACUUUAUCAUUAAAAUUAUCAGAAGUUAAUACAUUAAACGAUGGUCUCCGAAAAAGACUUCAAGAGGCGGAGAACAAAGCAAAAUUUUGUGAAAAUAAGUCAAAGGAGUUAGAAAAGCAAUUAAUAAAGGGGGAGAAGCAUAAAAAAAGAGAUUUACAGUGUAAAUUAAAAGAAGAGGAAAUCGUGCAACUAAACUUAGCGUUAGAAGAAGCUAAUUCUAAAAGCCGGACACUAGAACAAACGGUUUGCCAAUUGUGCGAAGAGAAUAAAGAAAUGCGGUCAAACUAUGAUACUAGACUGAAAAAACUUAAUGAAUCUAUAGAUAUAAAUGCGAAACUGUUUGAUGAAAUCACAGCGGAUCGAAGCAAACUCUUAACCGAGAAACAAGAGCUAGAAAAGCAACUACUCGAAAUUAAGAAUAAUUUCGAUGAAACUUUACGCAGUACAAAACACGAAUCAAAUGCAUGCGUUGUGAAGUUGAUGGAAGCAGAGAAGAAAUAUAAAGAAUUAUUAGAUGAGAAGAGUACAAUGGCCGAUAAAAUUGAAUCUAUGUGUGGACAACUUCUUGAGUCAGAAACACGAUUCAAAGAAGUAUCAGAUAAACUAAAAGAGGCGGAAUCAAAUUCAAGACAUGUAGUCGAAUACCGCAAGGAAUUGGAAUUGUUGAACCGACAAGCUGCAAAUACUAAAGAAGAACUUCUGGAAUAUAAAAAUACUAUAGCCAAGCAAUCAGAUGCUAUUCAACAAUUACGGCAAAAUGUUAAUGAUGUCGUCAAUUCAAGGGAGCAGUUGAAAAAUGAUUUGAAUAAUAAGGAAAAGUAUAUUUUGGAGCUGAAGGUUUACGAAAUGCCCUCGAAAAACGACUUCUAGAAAGUGAAUUUAAAAUACAAACGUAUUCAGAUGAAUUAUCAAAUAUCAAAAAUCUAUUAAAAGAAGUUUUCGGAGAAUUCGAAACUAUCGAACAUUUGCAUGAAUUGAUAUCGGAACAAACCCUCCAACUAAAAGAAGCAAAUUUAAAAAGUAACAAUUUUAAUAAAGUUCUUAAAGAAAAGGACGCUGAACUACAAAAACUAUUUGAUGCCAUAACAGAGCAGAAGCGUUUGAUAGAGGACCGGGAAGCUGGUCUGAAGACGCUAAAGGACAAGAAUGACGAACAAAAUAACAUCAUUAAUUUGCUGCGAAAUAAUUUGGAAGAGAGGACUCGGGCGGAUAUAGAGAUUAAUCGAUUACUUGACGAGAAAAAUACUGAAAUCGAAUCACUCAUGAGUCACAUUGAAAAGAGAAAGGAACAAAUUUCACAACUGGAGAAAAUAAUCCGAACUCUAGAAAAUCAAGUGGCAAAGUUAAGCGAUCAGAAGAGAACGGCACGCGAAGCUGCAUCGGCACUCGAAAAGAAACUUAGUGAAUAUGAAUCUUAUUACAUAACCAAUACACGGAAGACAGAUUCGCCGAUCGAUAACUUGGAUGAUCUAAUCAACAUUCUAGAGUACGAGCUUACAAACCCUUCAGACGAUCGACUGAAUAGUCCGAAACAAGAAAUAGAACAUCAUAAAAAUAAACAAGACCCAUACAAAGACUUUAAAAGUCACAUUCUGGAUAAUUUUGAUACGUAUCAGUUACAAAAAAGUGCACCAAACAAAGGAAUGAAUACUAAUUUGAAAAAGAGAUAUUCCCUAAAUAAAGACCAUUACAAAGGUGAUAGUGUUCGUGGGAACAAAAUGUUUCCAAAUGUGGCAUCAGACUUCGCUGCCCAUCCAAAAGUAGCUUCAAAGGCAUCUAAGGACAAUAAAAUUUCGCCAGUAGCACACCAGAGAGCAAAUGUCAAUUAUUGUUUGUUACCUAACCACUUGAAGGAUGUAAAAAAAUUAAAGAUGUUUAAGCUCGCUGGUCAUAAAUUGCAAUAAAAUUGUAGAAGUAGUACUAUUGUACUAAAUUAAACUAAGUGUUCGAAAGUAUAGUUGAGAAUAAUGUACCUAAUACCAUGUUUUAUUAUACUGUUGCCUGUAUUGUUUCCCAUACAAA